AUGGCCACUCUACAGCUUGCAACGUGGGCCACAAACCUGACAUACGCCAAUCUCACGACUGGCGUAGUCGACGCUGCCGUGAAGAGCCUUUACAACUGGGCCGGGUGUGCUAUUGGAGGCUAUAUCCAAGAUGCACCCCAGAUAGCACAGAACACGACCCUUGCCGCCUUUAGCGGUCCUCCGACGUCGAGCAUUCUCGGCGCCAAUGGGUCUAUAACUGAUGGGUACGCGGAUGCGCAGACUGCGGCCCUGAUCAACGGCAUCGCCUCACACGUCGAUGACUACGAUGACACCCAUCUGGAGACCAUCAUUCAUCCUGCUGGACCAGUCGCCAGCGCGCUCUUUGCUGUGGCCGAGUGGAAAGCACCCGUCUCAGGCCAGGACUUCAUCACAGCGUUUGUCGCCGGUGUCGAAGCAGAAUGCAAGCUGGGUCUGUCCGUCUACCCCGAGCACUACGACGUGGGCUGGCACAUCACCAGCACAACCGGCUCGAUCGGCGCAGCGGUCGCAGUGAGCAAGCUGCUAGGAUCCGACACAGUCGUCACUCAGAACGCCAUUGGUAUAGCAGCGACCCAGGUCGUCGGCAUGCAAGAGUACUUCGGCUCAGACACAAAAUCCUUCCACGUCGGCCGGGCCGCCCAGGGCGGCAUGCUCGCAGCUCUGCUCGCCAAGAACAACUACACCAGCUCCCUGCAGGGGCUGGAGGCCAAGUUCGGGUGGCUGCAUGUCGUCAGCACGCGCGAGAACGCGACGGCCUACUUCGACCAGCUCGGCAAGACGUGGGAGGUCCUCAAGAACACCUUCAAGCCCUUCCCCUGCGGCAUCGUGAUGCACCCGUCCAUCGACGGCGCGAUCCAGCUGCACAACCAGACGGUGCAAGAGGGCAAAUCCAUAUCCGACAUAGAGUCAAUGCAGCUCCAUGUGAACCCGCAGGUCCUCGUCCUCACGGGCAAGACGGACCCGCAGACGGGGUUAGAGUACAUAUAUCACGCCACGGCCGUGGGUCUCCUCUACGGAGAAGCGACGCCUAAGCAAUUCACAGACUCGGUGGUCAAGAACGAGACGGUGGUCAGCUUGCGGAAAUUGGUCAACGUGACGACCGACGCGACUGUGGAUAAUGCGCAGGGUUAUGUGACGGUGAACUUCAACGAUGGGACGAAGCUGGAAAAGCAUAUCGUGCAUGCCAUUGGGAGCCAGGAGAACCCGCUUACCGUCGAGGACUUGAAGAAGAAGAAGUUCAUGGACCAGGUGGCCAGUGCCAUCGGCCCUGGUAGGGCAGUGAGGGCGUACGAUGCCUUUACCAAUAUUGGCAAUUUGACUGAUGUUGGGAAGCUGAGAGGGAUGUUUUGA